GUUCCAGAAAUUGUGUUGGUGUUUGCUGAAUGGAGUUCCGAAGAGAGAAUCCCAAAGCAAAUCCAUGAAAAUCAAGAUCAUCUGUUAACUGUUUAUCGGUUGAGAAUCCCCUGUAUUGAGUUUCACCCCUACGAGCCCCACCUGUUACUGGUGGUGUAGAGCCAGAGUUGUGCUGACCGUUCAGAGUGGCCAUGAUGCAGCGCCGCUUGGACGAGCAGCCUCGUCGAGUGAACCCAAGUGAACCCCAGUACCCGCGUGUGUUAGCCCCGUCUGCCCAGAGGUUUGGAGACGUGGCAGGGACAGGUCCGGGAACCACUGGUGCAGAGAAUAUGCCCACAACAUUACAGUACCCAAUGCAGAACUUCCCGAACGAUACCUUGUCUGUAUCACCUGUUUUCAGUGUAAACCAGGGAGCGUUACCACACUCGUCUCCGAUGCACCAUGCUCCCCAUCACAGUGUUCAGCCGACCCCGCAGCAGGCUCCGCCCCACCCAGCGGCACAGGUCCAUCCUGCUCCCUCACAGGUGGACAGACAUCACGCCAUCAUUGCCUCUGAUAUGAAGCUCGACUUGGCGGCGGUCAGUCAGGGCCAACAACAGCAGCAGCAGUUCCAGCGCCUCAAAGUAGAGGAUGCACUGUCUUACUUAGACCAGGUCAAACUUCAGUUUGGUAACCAGCCCCAGGUCUACAACGACUUUCUCGACAUAAUGAAGGAAUUCAAGUCUCAAACAAUCGACACACCAGGCGUGAUCAACCGUGUGUCUAACCUGUUCAAGGGCCACCCUGAACUUAUCGUGGGCUUCAACACAUUCCUGCCCCCAGGCUACAAGAUUGAAGUUCAGGCCAACGAGAUCAGUGUUCACCAGCCAGGUCAGGCCACCGUACUCAUCCCGACGUCGGCACCCAUCAUACCACAGAUCCCGAAGCCGCCGCCGCCGCCACCACCAGCCCACAUGCCAAGCACACCAACACACAGUUCCUCCUCUUCCUCUCAUCACUCCUACCACCAGUCUCCCCACCGCAGUCAGGAACCGCCCACUGCCCCGCCCCCGGCCCAGAUCAGCCAGCCCCCUCCACAACCACCACCCCAACAGCAGCAGCAGCAGCAGGCAGGGCAGCCUGUCGAGUUCAACCAUGCCAUUAAUUACGUCAAUAAAAUUAAGAAUCGAUUUCAAGGACAACCAGAAAUCUACAAAGCGUUCCUGGAGAUACUGCACACGUACCAAAAGGAACAAAGAAAUCUUAAAGAGGGAUUGGUACCUACUGGUUACAAACCUCUCACUGAAGCAGAAGUGUAUUCACAAGUUGCCAAGCUUUUCCAAAACCAGGAGGAUUUGCUGGCGGAAUUUGGCCAAUUCCUGCCAGACGCUAAUGGGUCUUCCUACCCUGGCUAUGUAAGUUAUCUUAAUAUGCUGCAAGGAGACUCGGCCCUGGGAGUGAGAAAUGACCACUCGUCCACCGUGAAGAAACCAGGCAUGGGAAGCAAGAGCCAGAACAAAUCCAACAGCUCUCACCGCCGGCCGUCCAGCAGUCAACAGCCCCCAGCCAAGAAGGCCAAGACAGGUACGCUGAAGGAUAUAUCUCUAGCUGAGGCAGGCAGAUAUGGAACUCUAAAUGAGUUUGCUUUCUUUGACAAGGUUCGCAGAGCCUUACGGCACCAGGAAGUGUACGAAAACUUUCUGCGUUGUUUAGUGCUAUUUAAUCAAGAGGUGAUUUCUCGUUCAGAACUUGUUCAGCUAGUGCAAACCUUCCUCAUAAAAUAUCCCGAGCUUUAUAAGUGGUUUAAGGAUUUCCUUGGCUACAAGGAAUCUGGUGGCACAAUUGAGGCAGUUCCCUCAGGAGCCACAGCGGAAAAGAGGAUUUCUGGGGACCUGGCAAUGGAAAUAGACUAUGCUACGUGUAAACGGUAUGGUGCCUCCUACAGAGCACUGCCAAAGUCCUAUCUCCAACCCAAGUGUACAGGCCGCACUGCUCUCUGUCGAGAGGUAUUAAAUGAUACGUGGGUAUCUUUUCCGUCGUGGUCUGAGGACUCCACAUUUGUGACAUCACGGAAAACUCAGUAUGAAGAGCACAUCUACCGAUGUGAGGAUGAGAGAUUUGAGUUGGAUAUCGUGGUGGAGUCGAAUCUGAACACAAUACGGAUCCUCGAGGCGGUCCAAAAGAAAAUGUCUCGAAUGUCAUCAGAGGAGGCAGCAAAGUUCCGUCUGGACAACUCAUUAGGGGGAUCGUCCGAGGUUCUUCACCGUAAAUCUAUACAACGGAUAUAUGGUGACAAGGCUCCAGAUAUUAUAGAUGGUCUGAAGAAAAAUCCUGUAGUUGCUGUUCCUUUAGUUUUACGACGGUUAAAAGCCAAAGAAGAAGAAUGGCGGGAAGCACAGCGAAAUUUUAACAAAGUGUGGCGAGAACAGAACGAAAAAUAUUACCUUAAGUCUCUUGAUCAUCAAGGCAUCAAUUUUAAACAAAAUGACAUCAAGUCUCUCAGGUCCAAGGCACUCCUCAAUGAAAUAGAGACGAUCUAUGAUGAGCGUCAGGAACAGUUCCAGGAGAAUGGUCCUGACCAGGGUACCCCUCACCUGUCCUUCAACUACAAAGACAAGUCAACUGUAGACGACGCAGCCUCACUCAUCAUCCAUCACAUGAAACGUCAAACAGCAAUACACAAAGACGAUAAACAGAAAAUUAAAGUGUUAUUAAAGCAGUUUAUCCCAGACUUAUUCUUCACACCGCGUGCAGAACUAAGUGAUGACGAAAUGGAUAAAGAUGAUGAGAUGGAUACAGAUGAUGUUGAGAAAGAGGUUGUUAAAGAGGAAAAAGUGCCAUCCCCUAACCCUCCUCCCCCGCCCGCCCCCUCAGACCCCCCUAUGGAGCCCCCCACUGUGAAGGAGGAGGAAGGGGAGGUCAAGAUGGAGGAGUCACCUGGAUCUCCAAUCCUUAACGGCGCUCUCAGCGACAGUGAUCAUGACCUGGAUGAUGACGAUGUAUAUUCAUUGUAUUUCAUCAAUAACAAUUGGUACCUGUUCUUCCGGCUGCAUGAGAUUCUGUGUGAACGUCUUUACAAGAUUUACAGCCUGUCGAUGCGAAUCGCGGCAGAGGAAGCCAUGUGUCGGCAGGAGAGGAAGGAGUCGACAGCCAUCGCGCUUCGGCUGAAGGCUCCAAGUGAGGUAGAGCCAGAGGAGUACUACCCUUACUUCUUAGAGAUGAUCAAAAGUCUACUGGACGGAAACAUGGAACCCAACCAGUAUGAGGAUCAGCUCCGAGAGAUGUACGGCAUCCACGCCUACAUAGCGUUUACCAUGGACAAACUUGUCCAGAACUUGGUCCGACAGAUGCAACAUAUUGUGACUGACGAAGUGUGCUGUAAGGUGACAGAUAUGUUUGAGGAAGAGAAGAAGAACAAAGCAACAGGUGGCCGUGUGGCUACUGUCCACCAACGCACCAACCAAGAAACUGCUUACCAGAAAAAGGCAGACCACAUCCUGGCUGACGAAAAUUGCUUCAAACUCAUGAUCUUCAAGAAGGAUUGUCGUCUGACACUAGAGCUCCUGGACACGGAGCAUGAACAGUCGGAUGAUCCGGUGGAGGUAGAGAGAUGGUCAGAGUAUGUGGAAAAAUAUGUGGCAAACGACGAUACUGUUUCUGAGGACCUAAAGGAGGAGCUGCAAAGAAAGGCAGUCUUCUUACCAAGGAAUGUACGGAAGUGGCGUCUUCAUCAGCGGAACCAGAAACAGAAAAGCGACGCCGAACAAGAGGAGACCUCUAACCCUGGGGAGUCGCCCAAACAGGAAACCAGCGAUGAUAUGGACAUCCUUGAUAAUACGGAGUGUAAAUUUAAUGUCAACUCCUUUAAAAUUGUGUAUGUUGUUAACAGUGAAUACUACCUCUACAAGCGCACUGCACUGAAGAAGGCCAAAGAGUCUCACAAGCGAGUUUCACUAAAACUACAUGAUAAAUUCUCAAGCUGGGUGGACAAGUGGCGGGCACAAAAUGUGACUGUGGACAUGGAGAAGGAGUGUGAUGAUUGGAUGAUGGGGAGGGGUGAGAACAUGAGAACCAAUGAAACAGUGUGUAACAAAGUGUUUGUGGCGGACUCAACUCCGUACUACCAGUACAACCAGUAUCGCGUGACAUACCAGGAGAAACCUCCGGACCGUGAGGAGGGAUAACCUACUCUCAUCACCAACAUUAUUUAUUUCUCAUCUCAUCAUGUACAUCUCCAUUAUCAUGUCAUUCGAGAAAUGGAUUAACCCGCCCUGAUCUAGAACAGACAGUUAGGGGUUGUAAGCAUUGGAUUGUGUAAUUAAUAUUGGUGCCGUCUCGUCACGUUACAGACUUUAGGUGAUGCUCUGGUAAGGUUGGACAUCUAGGACCACCUAUCGUUCGUUCUACAGUCUGGUGAUGUCGGGGAACCACCUCUACAGUCUCGUGAGGUUGGACUUUGGGGCCCACCUACCGGUGGUUCUACAGUCUGAUGAGGUCGGGCGUCAGGGACCACCUACCGUUACUUCUUCAGUCUCGUGAGGGUGGACGUCGGGGACCACCUACCGUUAGUUCUUCAGUCUCGUGAGGGUGGACGUCGGGGACCACCUACCGUUAGUUCUUCAGUCUCGUGAGGGUGGACGUCGGGGACCACCUACCGUUCUUCAGUCUGUCCACUGUUCUUGUGUGCCUGUGGAGUUGAUCAGACUGCUGACCUCGGUAACAUCACGUUACAAAUGACCUUCUGUUUGUAAAAUUUUACACCAAACACGGUUUAGCGAGAUAUUCUUUAUGUCUGCCUACUUUACCACACAAGUAUCAAGAAUUUUCCUUUCUGUGAAAAGAUUUGUUUUAAAUUAGAAUGUUGUUGUUCUAGAUUCCAGGAAUCGUCGGUAAUAGUGUUGACUAUUUGAUCGUGUGCAAGUAAAAUAUUGUUUUCCUUUUAAUUCAUUCACCCCUACAUUUUCAAACUUGACUCACCCAGUCUUUGGUAAAGGUCAAUUGCAACUUUAGGGGCGAGUGGGUUAAUGCUUAACAUGCAUUUAUUUGAUUUGUAAGGUAAUUUAAAGUGUCAAAAAUGUUGGAAGGGGGGUCUAAAAAUAAAUUUGAUGCUUUUUCAUUCAUGAAAAACAUUUUUUCGUUACGUUAAAAUGUGACAUUUUUAUUGAAGGCUUAGUAGGAUUCAUUUUAGACCUAUAAACUAGGUCUGUCCCCGCUAACGAAUCAUGUUCAGAACGCAAUAAAUGAAAGCACCCUGCUUUACGUAGUUCACCAGUGGGGCCUGCUGCGCGGUCCGGUCAGUCACCCCCUUCUCAGGAACACGGACGGCACCAGGCCCCAGCGAUGUAUUCGUGUUUACACACCUGUUACGUGUAGAGACUAUUUUUAUACAACCAUUGUGACCAUGUUAAAUAUUACAACCGUUCAUGACAGUACCCUGUUAUUGUUUGUACUUGUCAUAAAAAUUAGGGAGUAUUUGCGAGCAUCCAAAUAAACUGCAUUUAUAGUUCCGUUGUAAUAUGACCAUGGUGUCUUAUGAAACUGUGUAUUUGUUUUAAAAGGUUUUGAUUUAAUGCACUUCUAAAAAGCUAAGCGUAAUCAAAUAUUUAUACGAGUCAACUUGUGGUGCAGUUAUUUCCUCCCAAAUCUUUCCUUAUUUAUUUUGCCUGUGAAGUUAAGACUAUGUAACCUGUCAGAACUGCCUGUGUCCUCCUCCGUCACUGUAGCUUAUGUAGACUUGAUUGUUACUGGUUUUGUAAGUGAAUGGAAACGGAAUCAUUGAUAAACAGUCCAUUUAGAAUUGAAUAUUGGUAUAAAAUGGACUUGAGCAAGCAAACUGAUUUCAAAAUUCAAAAUGGAAUGAAAUCCAUACUUGACCAAGCAACUUAAUUCCAAAAUUUAAAAUAUAUAUGAAAAUCAGAAAAGUAUUUUUGUUUUUCUGUCGAUACAAUAUAUUUGUUUUACCGUUCUGUGUAACAUGUUGCUUGGAAGAGAGGAGUGUUCAUUGUGCAUGAUGAUGAUGAAUUAUGAGUGAGAGAGCGUGUGAUAGAGUGUGAAGGAGAAAGAGACACAAGUGUAGUUAUAUGUAUAUAUUAUGUACAGACAAAUCGCGACGUUUAAGAGAUAAUUAACCUGACAUGUCAAGAAGUGCUGUAUUGGAAGCACGACUUGUAAACUUAUAAUAAAACCUGUGGGUGAAACA